AUGGACAUCACUCGCUGCAUCUACAUUUCCUCCACUGGCUGCUCUCUCUACGUCGACGUAGCGCGGUUCGCCCCCGGGGAUCACUAUCUGGUCGGGACCGUGUGUCUCGCGGCGGAAUGCGCGCCCAGCCUUAAGCUUGAUCUUCUCGAGGCGGUCACGCCUGUACGCAGCCGCGUGGUGGAGUACCUCUACCACUACAACCGGUCCCUCUAUGACGAGUUGGUGGAGGAGGUCCUGCCGGCCUUGCACACGCACUACUCCAAGGACCUCACCCACCACCACUGCGACCCAUUCGACGGACCGACGAGAGAGUUGUUCGCCGGCGAGGAGGGGCAACUGCUGCGGUCCAUUGACGUGGGUCCCGGCGACGACGAAGCCAUCGCGACCUACAGGAACGGAGCGGCCGAAGCGGAGAUGGAGUGGCUGCCUUUCCUGCGGAUGGUGCGCAAGCUGUUCUUGUGGAGCAAGGCGUUGGACCCCUGA